UGUUUGGUAUUUCGUGUGCGGCUCUUUCUUCCAUCGUGAAAGAAGAACUUCCUACCUACCGGAAAAAUCAAUAAUUACGUGAAUGUGGCGUUUCAGUUUGGCUGAAAAUUAAAGUUGCCGGUCGAGGAAUAAUUGCAGAAUGUUUUGCUUGUGCAGUUUAAUCUACGUGGCGCUGUUCAUAGGCUCGUUUACUCUGAUCGGGCUGCUGACGGUGUUCCUGUUGCUUCGGCAGUUGAUCCGGAGUCAGAAGAAUAAGCGCAGGAAUAACAAUGAUAACGACAAGUACGUGGCUCUGUUCCAUCCGUACUGUAAUGCCGGUGGCGGAGGAGAACGGGUGCUCUGGUGCGCAGUGAGGGCGUUGCAGAACAAGUACGAUGGGAUUAAGUUGUUCAUUUAUACGGGAGAUCUGGAGGCAACGCCAAAGGAGAUUCUGAAUAAGGCGGAGAGGACGUUCAAUGUGAGCCUGGAUAGCAAGAGAAUUCAGUUUGUGUACUUGAAGAGGCGGAAGUGGAUCGAAGCGAAGCGAUAUCCGUACUUUACUUUGCUGGGUCAGAGUCUGGGAUCGAUGAUGGUGGGCAUGGAAGCGUUGCUGACCUUACAACCGGAUGUCUACAUCGAUACGAUGGGGUAUGCUUUUACAUAUCCGAUCUUCUCUUACAUCGGUGGAUGCAAGAUUGGCUGCUACACACAUUAUCCGACGAUCAGUACGGAUAUGCUGAGACGGGUUCAGAGCCACGUGAAUUCGUACAACAAUCGGGGCUACGUGGCGAAGAAUCCUUUUGCAACGUGGAUCAAAAUCGUCUACUACAGAAUAUUCUCCAAGAUCUACGGAAUGGUUGGACGAUGUGCCGAUACGGUUAUGGUGAACUCCACCUGGACCGAGAAUCACAUCAUUUCUCUUUGGGAUGUUCCGUACAAGACGCAUAGGGUGUAUCCUCCGUGUGAGGUAUCGCACUUGAAGAAGCUCGAGUCGUUGGCAAGUGUUCAUGAUAAGAUUGUAAUUCUGUCAGUGGGACAGUUCCGACCGGAGAAGGACCACCCCCUGCAGUUGCAAGCGAUGUAUGAGUUGAGGACUUUGCUGAGUAAGGAUGAAGCACUAUGGAAUCGUCUUCGGUUGUUGAUCGUUGGGUCCUGUCGGGAUGAAGAGGACCGUGAGCGGGUGAAAAACAUGCAGGACUUUGCCAAGCACCUUUCGCUGGAGAAUUCGGUUGAAUUUAGAGUGAACGUGUCCUACCAGGAGUUGAUUCAAUGCUAUCAGGUCGCCAGCAUUGGAUUGCACGCAAUGUGGAACGAGCACUUUGGAAUCAGCGUGGUCGAGUGUAUGGCUGCUGGAUUGAUCAUGGUCGCUAAUAGAUCUGGUGGCCCGUUGAUGGACAUAGUGGAAACUUCGGAGGGAAGCCAAAACGGUUACUUGGCAAUCGAUGCCUACGACUACGCACGAUGCAUUGCCACGACUCUGUACAAUGGCCGAGAGUAUAACAACAAGAUUCGCGAAGCAGCUCGUGCUUCGGUGGAUCGUUUCUCGGAGAAGGAAUUCGAAAAUGGAUUCCUCCGCGCAAUUUCUCCCAUUCUGGAUGACAAGGAGUUCCGUUAGAGCCCAGUUAUGGAUAGGCAGAUUUUUUGUAAAUAACUUUAGUUUGAACUCUUCCUAAAAUUGCUUGCCUACGUGGAUUUUAGCUAAAAGAAAGUCGCAUUUCUCGGGAUUUUCAAUGUUUCUCAAAAUGUAAUCAGUAGAUAUUUUUAGGGCACGCUAUGACCGAUCCUGUUACAUUUAAUUAUAAGUUCUACGUUACCUAUGGUAGAGAGUCAGAUUUAGGAACAAAGAAAAGUCGAAUAAACUUUCCCGAAACAGUUUAAA